AUGGCGCAGGGUGUGUCAGCUCAGUCAAGCACGGCCGAUGAGAACGCUCGCAUCGGUGUUCCCAGGGGUCCAUGCGAAGCGGAUUUGCACGCCGGUCCGGGUGAUCACACGCGUGGCAUCCGAGGGUCUGUCCCGCACUUCAGCGCCACCUCCCACGGCUUGGGUCAGGUGGAUAUUGGAGACAGGCCGAGGGUGGUUGUGGCAGCUGCGGAGCUGAACCGGGAUGCCCGCAUCCAUGAGGCCGACAAGAACUUCAAGCGGCAGGAGGGGGACAUGUCCUGUGGCAUCGUUGGCAAGGGUCCCUUCCACAAGAGCACGCUCUCAGAGUUGGGUGAACAUCAGAACUUCAUCCCGCAGGAAGUGGGAGCACCCAUGAAGCAUCACUUCGCUUCACAGCGGAUUUUCUUUGACUCCCCGGACCUGCAGGCAAAGAAGGCACAAGAGGGAGAUUGCUGCCUUGGCAUCAAGGUCAACAAGCCACAUUACACCAGCACUUACUCCGAGCUGGGAAGCAUCCCCAAGUGGCCGCAGAAACGCUACGACUUCGGUCCCAUCGCGAACACGCGGUACAGGUUCACCGUGUGGAGGGAAUGA